AUGUUCCUGAGGGGUGUGAUCCGUGUGGACGUCAACAUUCAGACCAUCGACUUGGACCAGUGUGCGACCGGAGAUGGAUGGUUUGCAGACAGUCACCAGUGCAACCGCACCACCAUGGAGUGUGUUCCAACUCCAGGCCAAGGGUUUCGACUGGGUCAGUACUGCUGCAGAUGUAAAGAAGGUUACUACAACCCUGAGAUUCUCAUUCAAGACCUGGGCGUGGAUGCAGAUGGCGGCCCUGUGAACGGGAGCGAGGACGGCCGCGUGUGUUACCCGAACUUGCCCAUCUGUCUGCCGUGCUGGCCGGGCUGCAGGAGCUGUCGGGACGGGACCCCCUGCUGGGUUCAGGAGGCCUGGCUCCUCAGGGCCUCUGUGCUGGCCGUCCAGGGGGUCUUCAUGCUCCUCAUCUUCGUCAGCAUGCUGGUGGCCUACAGACAUCGGAGGAACAGGAGGAUCCGAGCGUCCGGCCUCCUGCUGCUGGAGACGAUCCUGUUCGGCUCUCUGCUCCUCUACUUCCCGGUGUUCAUCAUGUACUUCAAGCCGAGUACGUUCAGGUGUAUUCUGCUCCGAUGGGUCCGAAUGUUGGGCUUCUCCAUCGUCUACGGCACGGUCACCCUGAAGAUGUACAGGGUUCUGAAGGUGUUCCUCUCCCGUACCGCCCAGAGAGUUCCCUACAUGUCCAGCCUCCACCUGCUGAGGAUUCUUGGCGUGAUGCUGAUGACGGUCAGCUGGUUCCUCUGUGCGUGGACAGUCGGUGUCCUCCAGAACCGAGACAGGAACAUCCCCGUGUUCGUCACGACCAGCACAUCGGACGGCCAGGGGUUCAACCUGUGUUACCUGGACCGCUGGGACUACAUGAUGGCCGUGGCUGAGCUUCUGUUCCUGUGCUGGGGCAGCUCCCUGUGGACCGCCGUCAGGCCCGUUCCCUCGGCCUUCCAUGAACCUCGCUACAUGGGCAUCGCCAUCCACAACGAGCUGCUGCUCUCCACCAUGUUUCACCUGUUCAGGUUCACCUUUCCCUCUCUCCAUCCUGAUUGGAUGUUGCUGCUCUCCUUCACGCAUACCCACGUCACCAUCACUGUGACACUUGCCCUGCUCUUCAUUCCUAAGUUUCUGCACGUGUCCAAGCCAAGGAAGGAGGAGAUCGCAGCAGAGGUGUAUGAAGACGAAGUGGACUUGAGGCGAUCUGGCUCGUACCUUAACAGCAGCUUUCACUCAGCUUGGAGUGAGCCCAGUGUGGACCCGGAUGACUUUCGGGAUGAGCUGAAGAAGUUAUAUGCCCAGUUAGAAGUCCACAAGACCAAGAAGAUGGCGGCAAACAACCCUCAUCUGUCAAAGAAGCGAAGUUCUCGAUGUGCGUUGGGGAGAUCCAUUAUUAAACGGAUCGCCGAGAUCCCAGAAACCAUGAGCCGGCAGUGUAGCCGUGAUGAGAGAGAUGGAUCCUUCCACAGCAGAAGGUUAACUCAGACCGACUCUUACAGGAAGCCUCCAGAUACUGCCGGUAUUACUUACAAAAGUUCAAUUAAAUCACCGUCCGCAUCCUUGCGCAAGUCCCAAAGUGAUCAUCACUAUGUCCGGGAAAGGAACGCCUCCCUGCGAGAAUCCAUGUUAGAGGCCAAUUGCCAAAUGUUAGUGAAGAGAUUAUCCCAGCGUUCUGAGACCGACUCCUUGGAUAUUCCCAUGGGGGUUUGUAAAUCAGCCAGUGCCCAAAACCUGACAAUAGAUACCAAUCUCCUGCAUCCUGAUCACACCAGACUUCAUAAGUCCUGGAGUCUAACCUCCACUACAACCAACUCCAUAGAGCACAUUCCCAAGGUUAACAGAUCCAGCACAGUGCUGACCUUUUCCAGGCAGAGCAUGUCCAUCGGUGACCAGACAAGAAGUGCACUCCAGUCAGAGUCCUUUGACAAGGCCAAUGUCUGUCCUUGGGAGGUAGAAGAAGAACAAACAGGUGACAAGAACCAGAAGCAUGUCACCUACUCCAACUCGCAGGAUAUUGUAGAAAAAGGGCCAGCAUCUCCUCAGAGGCUCAUCUGUCCCUGGGACCAUGCACCCCCUGUAGAAAAGACCCCUUCAGUGGAAAAAGUAUCACAAGAUGAACCGACCAAAUCCGUCAAACAGCAACUCUCCGUGUCUGCAAGUGCACCAGGCACGCCAAGACCAAAGGUGACAAAAGAUCAACGUGUGUUCUCCUUCCGCACCCCCACCAGUAAGUGGCUCUCUGUUAAAUCUAUCGUGGGAUCUGUGGAUUCAGCAAGCAAGUCCAGAAAGGACGGGGUUUCAAGCAAAGAGGAUUCUGUCUCACAGCAUAGCCAUGAUAGCGCUUCUACCACACCGAGAUCAGGAGCAUCCAGUAGACGUCCGAGCACAGAAAAGAAGCAACUGCAGAAGAGAAGUAUGACAGCAACAGACGGGAAACCAUGCCUUGUGAAGCAAAAUGCCAUCAGGCUGUCAUCUGGGGAUUCUUCUGACAGAAGCCCAAGAAGGCUUGUGAUUGUAAAAUCUGCCGUCUACCCUUGGGACAUGGAUGACACGCAGAAAGACGGCAAUUAUGAAAAUGUGUUUUUGUCACGGCAGAACAGUAAGCGGAGUGUGAGUUCUUGGGAAACUAACAGCAGCUGUAGAACUCCGUCAACUCACAGAAGGGGAAGUAAUCGAAUCACACCGGUUCGUACUAUUUCUCAUGCAGAUGUGUGUCCAUGGGAGGAACCUGGUACUCUUAAGGAAGGAGAGGGACCAAGGAAGCAGCAGAGCAUCAAAGCGGAUGUCUGCCCUUGGGAUUCACAGGUAUCAGAACAAGCUAAUGUAUGUCCAUGGGAAUCUCAAGAGCAUGCGAAUGUGACAAGACAAGGAAGUGGUCGUGGUAAUGUGUGUCCUUGGGAAUCACAGGACAUUCCCGUUAUAUAUCAUACUCAUGUGUCCAAAGAUUCUAUGAAAGGUUCAGACGUAUGUCCCUGGGAGACAGGAGAGAGUCCUCAAGCUUCAAUAAAGGAAGAUAAUGAAUACGCUAACAUUUGUCCGUGGGAUCUUCAAGACAAGACUGAGGCUGUGUAUGAAAACCUCAAUCCUCUGGGGAGCAAGGGAUCAUUGGCAGUACCCCUACGACAGGAAGUUAUGAGACCUGACGUCUAUCCGAGUGCAUCACUUGAAAGUUUAAGUAAUGAGCAAGAACACCAUGCAAAAUCAACUCCCCUGCAUUUGGACAGACAAACAACCACUGCAGAAAGUUGUCCAUGGGAUUUCCCGCCCCCCCCUAAUCUCACAGAAACCAUUUGUCCAUGGGAAGAGGGGAGCACAGAGCCAACAAAUACAAACUCAGCUUCACAAAUGACUAUCAAAGUAGACAUUUGUCCCCCGGGACAACGAAAUGAACCAGACGUCUCACAAACAGGUGUCAUGCCUUCAGAGGCUGCCUCCAUGCAGACUGAUGGACAAGACGGCUCAAGAGGAAACAUUUGUCCCUGGGAAACCGGGGCCCCCCCCGAAAAAACGGAAGCAACAAAAAUGAUACCGAAGAAGCUAAAUUCUAAAGCAGAUGUUUGUCCAUGGGAGACAGAAGAACCGAAAGUUUUGAAGAAGCAAGACAGUUCUAAAGCAAAUGUGUGUCCAUGGGAGACAGAAGAACCAAAAGUUUUGACAAGGCAAGACAGUUCUAAAGCAAGUGUGUGUCCAUGGGAGACAGAAGAACCGAAGGUUUUGACAAGGCAAGACAGUUCUAAAGCAAAUGUGUGUCCAUGGGAAACAGAAGAACCGAAGGUUUUGAAGAAGCAAGACAGUGCUAAAGCAAAUGUGUGUCCAUGGGAGACAGAAGAACCAAAAGUUUUGACAAGGCAAGACAGUUCUAAAGCAAGUGUUUGUCCAUGGGAGACAGAAGAACCGAAAGUUUUGAAGAAGCAAGACAGUUCUAAAGCAAGUGUUUGUCCAUGGGAGACAGAAGAACCGAAGGUGUUGACAAGGCAAGACAGUUCCCGAGCAGGCGUAUGUCCAUGGGAGACUGGAGAACCAAAUGUUCUCAAAAAGCAGGACAGUGCUCGAGAGGAUGUUUGUCCAUGGGAGACGGACGAUUCAAAAGUCCUUAAAAAGCAGGACAGUGCUCGAGCCAGUGUUUGUCCAUGGGAGACAGAACAGCCAACAGUUCUCAUGAGGCAAGACAGUGCCCGGGCGGACGUGUGCCCAUGGGACACUGAGGAACCAGGACUUGUCAAAAAGCAGGACAGCUCUGGAGCUCCCUCGGAAUCUAAGGAUCCAGAAACCUCAACCAGAAGUGUAGGUGAAGAUCCCACUUAUGACCAAGAUCGCGUCUCUGAGGACCAGGUGGUGUUCUGUGAAGAAGAGAAUCCAGGAGAUAUCAGCACAGAGCAGCUCGAUGGGUCUAAAGAGAACUUAGCCCUGGGCCGUCGUGAUGCCUUGUGUCCCUGGGAGAUGGAAAGAAGCCGUUCUGGUUCGUUCACAGACAAUAACUCGGACGUUUUUACCUGGGAGCCGGAGAAUAUUCCUGAGGAGGAUGAAGAGGACGACGAUGCAGAGUUUGCUGCUGAGGCUCUGGUAUUCCCACCGGACUUGUGACCCCUCCAACCAAAUCAAGGGGAAUUCAACUUUCAUAUCCUACUUUGUGGUGCCCUAUCAAUGGUCAGAGGUUUGAAUGCCUUUACCCCAUGGGGAGGUUGGAGUGUAGGGUCAGCUCACAAAUGGCUUCCAUGUAGCUGGAAAAGCUAAAAGCCAUUUUAGAGGGACUCUUACUUGGACUAAUCAAAAACAGGACUUACGGGUGUGAUGAAAUGGUGACGAUAAGUUUUGAAGAACCGACUGAAGUGACAGAUUUGUUAAGUUCUCCAGUAAUGGACUAAAGACAUUUCUUGGCUGAUGACGGGCAUAUAAGGCAUUUAGAUGGCGUCCCUUUUCUUCCUGCGUCCAUCCCCCCGUUUAAAUAAAUGUGUUUUUGUGUCUUUUUAUAUUUCAAGGUGACAAUUCACAAAUAUGCCAUGUAGGUACAUCAUGUUUCACCCAUUGCCGGGGUAAAUAUGUUGCUAAACUUGGAUUUUACAAGUCUACAGUGCUUGCAAUCACAAGAUUCAGUCCAGGGACUUAGAAGAUGGAACUUUGAAGCUAAAUCUGCAUACACUGGCUGCCAGGACUACAACCGAUGUCUUUUAACUAUUAACGAUUGAUUAAACU